AUGGCUCCGUUCAGAGAUGAACACCUCGUGCUCAUCGCGCCCGGUUCUGAAUUGACCCUCGCGCAACUCGGUCUCCCGGAGGCAUACUGCCCAGCCAAGCUUCGCCUGCAGACGCGCAUGUUCCCAGCUGAAAAGCCGGGCGAGUACGAACCUCAUCGCAUCCGCAAGGUCACCACACCUUCUACCUCUACCACCGCUCCUACCAGCAUUCCCGGCGCGUCUGGACAGCCUCCCAAGGAGGAUGUCGAAAUGAAGGACGAUGGAGCUUCUGCUCCUCGCGAGGAAACUGUCGAGGGUGCCGAAAAGGCCGAGACUGAGCCCGCGCAAGAGGUCAUCUACGAGGAAGAUGUGAUGUCCGACGAGGGCGCCGUCUAUCCCAUCCGGGAUGGCCGCAUUGUGAACCGAAACGCCUUCUUCGCCCUCAUCCAGCAUCCCAGCUGGACCCAGACUGACCGAGAGGAAAUCACCCGUUUUGUCUUCGAACAUUUCAGCACCCCGGGGUUCGCGUAUGUGGAUGCUGCCCUCUCUGUCGCAUGGGGCUACGGCGUUCUAACUGCCCUUGUCAUCGACGUUGGCAAGACCAAGACUGAUGUGAGCGCGGUCAUCAACUCUGUCCCUCAGAGGUACGGUCGAGGCAUCGCUCUCUCUGGAUGUGGCGGUGAUGCCAUGACUGAUCGCCUCCUUGAACUUCUCGGAUCGAAGGGCUUCACUCGCGAGAUGUGUGAGCAACUCAAGAGAAGCGAUAUCGCUGAGAUUCUUCCCCCUGGAACUCCUCUUCCCGGCGCUGCAGCCACCGCUCACCAAAGCACCCCCGCUAUCCCUCCUGGAGAGUCAGCUGGCGGUAACUUUCCCCGAACCGAGGGUGCUUCCGAAAACAACGGAACGGAUGAGGGUGUUCUGGAUGUUGCGGCCAUCGUCAGUGGCGACACCUCCGAGUAUCUCGCAAACAUGGAGAAGGAUAAGUCAACCGGUAAGAAGAUUGAUCCCAAGCAGCCCAACGCUCAGAAGGAGCGGGCUUCUUUCCAGUUCGAAGAGUUCGUUGAGAUGGAGAACGAUACUCAAGCUGGUGGCUCCAAGCGCUACAAGCGCAACACCCGAGAGAUCACCGUUGGUGUCGAGCGUUUCCUGGCAGCAACUCCGCGCCAACGUGCCGGGCCUCUCCUUAGCAAUGGCAUUCUGGAAGAUAUUGCAUCCCAGGUUCAAUACGCGAUCAACUGCUGCCCCAACGAUAAGCGAAACGAACUGUGGAGCAACAUUAUCAUCGUGGGAGCCGGCAGCAGAGUCCGAGGUUUCAACCAGGCUCUUCUCGGGGCGAUUUCGCAGAAGUUCUUGAACUCUCCCUCCGCCUCCAUCUUCACCUCGGAAAUUCCAUCCACCUUCUCCACGCCUCUCCCCACCGGCGGAACCAAUACGCCCGCCCAAAUUGGCCCGGGCCAACCCCAACCAGGCUUGCAACACCAUCCUGCUGCUCACGGAGUGAAUCCCCUUCUGGUCGCUGCCACGCAUAACAAUCCCGGGAUGCCUACUGCUCCCGGCACCCCUGGCAUGGACCAAGGCCAGCAGCACCGAGCCGGUCACUUCCAAGGACCCACCGUCAUCAAGGCUACCAAAUUCCCCGAAUACAACUCAGAGUUCAAGGGCCGUCCGAACAGCAAUGCUCCCGGCGCCACCUCGGGUCCUGGAAGCACCUCCCGGGGCGGACACGGCCCUGAGGAAGCAGUUUUCCUGGGCGCCCAGGUCUGUGCCAAGGUCUUCUUCGUGAUCGAUCAAGGCCAACUUAAGACCUUCAUGUCUCGGACCGAAUACAACGAAUUUGGCCCCGAGGGCAUGGGCGAAUUCUGCAUCGCAUGA